AUGGGAUUCACUCUUCCUGGCAAUGGAAAAUUACCGGCAUCUUCCCUCCAGCCAGCGGAAACCCAUCCCAUUCCAUUUCUCGCUUCUUUGCAAACCAGAUCCACCCUUGUUUAUUUUCGAAGAAAAAGGCCGGAUGGGUCAAGCUCUGGAAGAGCAACCCGACUUGCGACGGGUGACUCUGCGUCAAGGGCCGAGAAACAAAAGUCAGAGACGCUUCGCCUGGCCCCUGCCCACCACAAUCCCCCCACCAGGACACCGGCGCUUAACCACUCGACCAAUCUGCUGCCUCCCCGCCGACCGUUGGUGAUGGUCCUGACGGGACAAGGGACACCGCGAAAUCCCUGUCAUUCCCGAGCUCAGGCCAAUCAAGACCCCGGUCCUGCUGAGGACAGGCGCUUAGCAAAGUGA